CACAUUUAUUUAAAUAUAUUUAUACUGUUAUAUUCACCAAAUGGCAGACCAGCACGCUGCAGACGAUACACAACAACACAACAGUUCGACACUCAAGAAAAAGCGCAGACCAUCGUCUGCUAGCAAUGGAGAUAACCGCUCCCUGUUAGCUUCGCCGAGCGCACAACUAUCAAUAAAGCGGCGCAAUAUCGAUCAUUUUGGCGAAAUUGGUUUGCACGCCGCGUCUCCAGAUUUAUUACCAUCAAUCAGUCUAUUUGAAUUGGCGGCAACCGAUGAUGACUCAAUGAUUGGCGAUGCAGUGGAGCCAACGCCCUCGGACAAUGACUCCGCAGCACCAAGGCUAGAUCUAGAGACCGCAGCUACAGUUAUUCAGCGCGCAUGGCGGCACAGAUGCAUUAGCGGACCAGUGAAAGAAUGGGCUGGUGCCAAAGUCACUGUAAAGACACUUGCUGAAAUUUCCAAUUCACAUUUAGACACCAUGAUAGAGUCAUCCGCCCUGACAAUGACCGAGUCAUAUGCGCAAUUUGCUACUGCAUUUCUCCACAAUGAUGUCAGCUGGUAUCAACGCCAACAUACUUUUGUGGCCAGCUUCAGGGCAUUCUACUCUGCGCUGGACUCUUGGAAGCGCGCAGAUACAGCGAAGCUACUAUCGGCGAUGGAACGCAUUACUUGGAGCUCGAUCUCGGUGCAGCGCCGGACUCUUGGCGAGGGCGAUGAGGCGUGGCGAGUGGGCAUUCAGGCGCAGAGAAAACAAUUACUCGUUAAAAUACGCACGUUAGGCGGUGAGAGCGCCGUUGACGAGUUGAUGCAGAAACAGCGGGAGCUGCGUCUGACAUAUACGGACCCCCAGCCAUCGCCGACGCCCUCUCUGGUACCCCCUCCCGGGAUCAGUACCAAUCUGGGUCUGGCUUCUGUUGAUGGAAAUUUGAUAGCUGCAACUGCCAACUCUAAUCUGCAAGCCGAACCAAGCAAUCGCAAAGACAAAGCCCCUGACUCAGUCAGGGACCUUGGUGCUAACGACCCAUCGAUUGUGCUGACAAAGGCCAUUGUCGACCACGCGCCCACGAUUUUUGACUUGACUGCAUCUGCAGCCCUGAAAAAUACAAAGUUGGCGCACGAUAUAGUAUUAGACCCCGACAUGCGCUUAGAACCAGCAGCGACCAACACGCUAACUGGGGCGGUCCAGCAGGCUGUCACUCGGGCAUUCUUUGACCAUAUCAAGCGAGAUGUCGAGUCAGGCAGCGGCGACUAUAUAAUACGCAUUUUGACGCAAUUGCGUCUGGACAUGCGCACAAUUAUUCCGCCGACCAGCAAGAUGCAUGUGACUUUGGAGCAGGAGCUCGACCAGGAGUGGAUGGCUGUGCAGCUGUCCAAGGGGGCCCUUGAUGUGCAGGAAAAGUACCGUCUGGUUCUAGGAAUAAUCGGCAACGUGUGCGCUCCUGUUCGCGACAAAUCCCUGGAUGCCCUUUUGAAAUCCCUUGAAGCUGCUAAUGUAAAUGGGCUCGCCGAGGUUGCACAAUCUGUCGCUAUAAAUUCCAAUGGCAAUGGCAAUGAAAAGGCAGAGCUACCUGCUGGAUAUUACGCGCGGACCAUGGAACUUAUCCGCAAUGUGCGCCUCGAUGUGCUCAACUAUCAGCUCCAAACUGUGGUUCGCCCAUGGCUGCGUACGCACGCUGUGGAGUACGAGAGGGCAGCAAUGGCCAAAGCAUUUAAGCAAAGGUUCAACAACGAUGACUCGCAGGUCUUGCAGCACACGAGCGCGUGGAUCAAGGACGCAGCCAGCCGCGAGCAGGCUGGGCAAUGCUCGUUGCGCGCGACCGACAUGAAUGCUAGCACACGUGUUACAGCAAAACACGUGUUUCUCGAGGCGUUCCUGGAUCUCUGCUUUGCGCCGACAGCACUGGACGCUGAGGACACGCCUGCCACGCUGGCGCUGGAUCAGUUGCGCAUUCAGCACUUUCAGAACGAGAUUCAGGUUGUUCUAAGCGCCGCCGCAUUAUGCGUCCUGGCGAGAAACUUCAUGCAGGAAUCAGGCAUCGUGCAGAUGGACGAAUCUCGGUUGCGCCAGGCCGCACCAUUAUUUGUGAGCAUUCUUCGCGCAGAUGAUGUAACAAUGGAUCGGAUUGUUACGGCUAUGCAUCAGGUAAUUACAGAUACUGAAAACGUAUCUGGUGGAUCGAUUGCUCGUCUGGUUCAAAAGACGCUGGCAAAAAACGAUCCCGUUUAUAUGGUCAUGGAGCGGCGGCUGAGACACUUUAUGCUGACCCAGCUGGACAAAGACGAGAUGCCUGGGAUAAUGGUCAGGCGGCUGGACGGGGAUGAUAAGCAGAGUGUCUCAGCAACGCUGGCCAAGGUUUCUCUAAACGUGGUUCAAAGUGAGGUGUGCGCGCUGCUGCUGAGAAUAAGCCAACUGUGCUCGUUCAACUGGCAGGUCUACUCGCACUGGUACUCGAAGAGUCUGCUGUAAAUUGCGUUCAAUGAAGUAUA